UGGGGGAAACCUCGUAAAAGUGUCGCUCUUUCAGCGUCAACACUUAAAACUGUCUUUCGGUGGCCUUUUUUUAAAUCUCCAAAUCGUCGCCAACUGUUAAGAUUCAUCACUUUUAACGAAUCCCUUUCCACAAAGUAGUGACAGUAGCUCAUCUUGGUGGUUUUCUUGCAGGCAGAAGGCGUCACUGACAGAACAAUUUCUAAGAUUUCACAUUUGGAGUUGCUGUCUUCUUUAGGGAAAGAGUGACAGCCCCGACAAGUGGAAUUGUUCUAAUUUCACGUCGGUUUAGAUUUUCAGUAGUUGUUUUUUUAUAUACAUAAAUUCAUUAGUAACUUAGAUUGAAUGACUUUUUCAAAUUCGAUACAUUUUUAUUGGUGCUGAGUGAUGUUUAUUCCAGAAAAAUGUCGAAGUUACGGACUAUACGCUGCUUUUAUCUUUGUGAUAAUCUUCUGUCUUGUAGAUUCAAGAGGACAUCUUGUUCAGGAUGUCAGAACGACAGCUGAUUUGGGAAAUGCAUUAUGCAACAAAAAUGCCAGUAUUGCCAUUUCAUUUCGAGAAGUAUCCUCGAGGCCAAGGCUCUUCACACAUACUAUAGUCACUAUUGAUUUUCUAGUGACAGGUUAUCGACUCACAUUUAGUGUUGAUCCUAAUAAAGGAAAAAUGUUAAUGACUCUAAAUGGGCCAAAUGAUCUAGAGCAAAAGUAUCAGAUUCCGGGAAAUUUAUCAGCAGGAGAACAUAUAACAAUAUUCCUACCCGAUCCAAGAAAAUCUACAUCACCUGCAGUUUUGCAAAUUUUUGUGAAUUGCUCUUUGCAACAAUCUAUAGAAUUGCCAAAGUCAAUGUUCGACAUGCUACAACAUCACACAGAAGUUGCUGUGGAAAGAGAUAGAAAAAUGAAUGUCACCAUAUUGCCUGGCGUAUCGUGGCAAAAAGCCUUAGAACUCAGCGGUUGUAACAUCAGGCAAGCUCAAAGUACUCAACCUGAAUAUGAAGUUUUCUUCAACGUAAAUGAACAAGAACUUUUAAUUCGAACUCUAAAUGAGCUUACUUUGGCCAUUAAAGAACUUCGAUCGAAUAUGGACCAUCAAGUGCGAGAAACGAAACAUUUGAGGGAAGCUAUUCAAAAUUGCGAAAUGUGCAGAGGUAGCAGAAGUUGUAGAGAUAGGCCAUGCUUUCAAGGAGUUACUUGCACCGAUAUCCCAGGUGGAUAUCGAUGUGGACAAUGCCCCAGAGGAUAUAUCGGCGAUGGUAUCACUUGCCGUCCAGAAACAACCUGCUUGGACAGACCAUGCUAUGCUGGUGUUCGUUGUUAUGAUACUGAAACUGGGUAUCGUUGUGGUUCUUGUCCUCCUGGUUAUACCGGCGACGGGAUAUCGUGUAAGCCACUAGAUCGAUGUGCCGAAAUGCCAUGUAGUGCUAACGUCAGAUGCACAAACACUGAUGCGCCACCUUAUUAUCGAUGUGGUCCUUGUCCAGAAGGCUUUACGGGUAACGGGACAUACUGCGAUGACAUCGAUGAGUGUGAUUUAGCAAGUCCAUGUUUCCGGGAUGUUAACUGCCGGAAUACAGCUCCGGGUUAUCGUUGUGAUCCAUGUCCUAUAGGAUACACUGGUCCAGCAGUUGAAGGAGUUGGAAUAGAAUAUGCCCUCAGAGUUAAGCAGGCAUGUUACGAUGUGGAUGAAUGUAAAACCAACAAUGGAAGGUGUGCAACAAAUUCUCGCUGCAUUAAUACAAUGUGCCGAAUCGGUUGGGCCGGUGAUGGACAUAUGUGCGGCCCAGACAGUGAUUUAGAUGGAUGGCCAGAUUUUGAUCUACGGUGUGAUCAUCCAAGAUGCAAAGCUGACAACUGCCCGAUGACUCCCAACAGUGGACAGGAGGACGCUGACAGCGACGGAUUGGGAGAUGCAUGUGAUGACGACGCUGACAACGAUGGUGUGCCCAAUAACCCGUCAUUGGAUAAUUGUCCAUUAACCCACAACCCAAAGCAGGAAGAUACAGACGUGGACGGACCAGACAGGAGAGGGGAUGCUUGCGACAACUGUCCAAAGAUUCCAAAUCCGGAUCAAACGGAUUCUGAUGGCGACGGUAUUGGAGAUGCAUGCGAUCCAGAUUCUGAUCAAGAUGGUUUUCCGGAUCCUAAGGACAAUUGUCCCCGUGUGACCAAUCCAGAUCAGAGAGAUAGUGAUGGUGAUGGACUAGGUGACGUGUGUGACAACUGUCCUUACGUUUCCAACCCUAGUCAAACUGAUUUGGAUCGAGAUUUAGUUGGUGACGCAUGUGAUAAUAAUCUUGAUAAUGAUUUCGAUGGUAUCCAGAAUAAUGUAGAUAACUGUCCAGACAUUCCAAAUAGUGACCAACUUGAUACAGAUGGCGAUGGAAAAGGUGAUGUUUGUGAUAAUGAUAAAGACAACGAUGGUUGGCCAGAUAGCGAUGAUAACUGUCCGUUGGUACCAAACCCUGAUCAAAAGGAUACAAAUCGAACGGGAGUGGGUGACGCUUGUAGGUUUGAUUUUGAUGGUGAUGGAAAAAACGAUGACGAAGAUGUGUGUCCAGACAACAGAAUGGUCUAUGCUACAGAUUUCAGAGCAUAUCAAACAGUUGUUUUGGAUCCUGAAGGUGACUCUCAGAUAGACCCACACUGGGUCAUCUAUAACCAGGGUGCAGAAAUUGUACAGACUAUGAAUAGUGAUCCUGGGUUAGCUGUAGGAUUUCAUGCUUUUGGUGGAGUAGAUUUUGAAGGUACUUUCUUUGUGGAUACAGAAAUUGACGACGACUACGUAGGGUUUGUUUUCAGCUAUCAAGACAACUCCAAUUUUUACUCUGUAAUGUGGAAGAAAAAAACUCAAACUUACUGGCAGGCCAUGCCUUUCCGUGCUGUGGCUGAACCAGGUAUACAACUCAAACUAGUCACUUCUGCAACAGGACCCGGACAAAUGAUGAGGAAUGCUUUAUGGCACACGGGUGAUACACCAAAUCAGGUUCGACUACUUUGGCGAGAUCCAAAGAAUGCAGGUUGGCGUGAAAAAGUGGCGUAUAGAUGGCUACUCCUCCACAGACCGAAAAUUGGUCUCAUAAGGCUGCGCAUAUUCGAAGGAGAAAAUAUGGUGGCAGAUUCAGGAAACAUUUUUGACAGCAAGCUGAAGGGCGGAAGACUUGGCGUAUUCUGCUUUUCACAAGAGGCCAUUAUCUGGUCUGAUUUAGUAUAUAGAUGCAACGAGGCUGUACCUUCUGCUAUUUAUCAAGAACUUCCUCGGCAACUACAGAGUAUGACGGAAAUCGACACUACCCGCUCCAACGAGAUAAUCCAGGUAGGCAGGAGGAGGGUGGGUGAUUUCCCUCAAGGUACACCCCCGCAAAUGCUUGCAGAUCAACCACCCCCAAGCAAUCGGACGGGCAAAUCUUAAUGGUGGGAGAGGCACGAUAAAUAAACUAGAAUUUGUGUGUACAUUAGGGUUGAAAAAAAAAUGCUGUGGUUUGCUUAUAUGUUUGUUCGGAUGCAUUUGUGUAUGUGGCUUUUAUUUGCAUUUCAUUGGUUUCCAUAAAUUAUUUCGAAUAAAUACUUCAUUUUGAAUGGUUAA